AUGACCGAUGGAACAGUUGAUAGUCUUGUAUUCUUCCGAAGCCACUGGACAGCCUGGAGAAUUCUGGGAUUGGCGCAUCACCGCACUAAGUCGUGGAGAAACCUCUACUUACUGUACAGUCUUGUGAUGAACGUGUUGGUUACCCUGUGCUAUCCUCUUCACUUGGGCAUGAACCUAUUCCGGAACGGCUCCCUCACUGAAGACAUUCUCAACCUGACGACCUUCGCCACUUGCACAGCCUGUUCGGUAAAAUGUUUGAUCUACGGAUACAAUAUCCGGCAGGUGAUGGAAAUGGAGAGGCUUUUAAGGCUCCUGGAUAGCCGAGUUGUUGGCCAGAAGCAACUGAAUAUUUACAGCCAGGUUAAAGUGCAGCUGAGGAAUGUCCUUUAUAUUUUCAUUGGCAUCUACAUGCCCUGUGCCCUGUUUGCCGAACUCAUGUUUAUAUUCAAGGAGGAGCGUGGGCUGAUGUAUCCCGCCUGGUUUCCCUUCGACUGGCUCAACUCCACUCGAUACUAUUAUAUGGCGAAUUUGUAUCAGAUAGGUGGAAUAACCUUUCAACUAAUCCAGAACUAUGUAAGCGAUUGCUUUCCAGCAGUGGCACUCUGCCUCAUAUCCUCGCACGUGAAAAUGUUGUACAAGAGAUUUGAGGAAGUUGGGGAAGAUUCUGAAAAGGAUGCCGAAAAAGAACUGGAAGCCUGUAUAACCGAUCACAAGAACUUGUUGGAACUUUUUCGCCGCGUUGAGGCUUUUGUUUCUCUGCCCAUGUUAAUCCAAUUCACAGUCACCGCCCUGAAUGUCUGCAUUGGCAUUGCAGCUUUGGUGUUUUUCGUCACCGAACCCAUGGCCCGAAUGUAUCUGAUUUUUUACUCGAUGGCCAUGCCCCUCCAGAUAUUUCCAACCUGCUAUUUUGGCACUGACAAUGAAUAUUGGUUUGGGAAACUUCAUUAUGCGGCAUUCAGUUGCAACUGGCAUCCUCAGAACAAGAGCUUCAAGCGAAAAAUGAUGCUUUUCGUGGAGCAAGCCUUGAAAAAGAGCACGGCAGUGGCUGGUGGAAUGAUGCGAAUACAUUUGGACACAUUUUUUUCCACCCUAAAGGGUGCCUACUCCCUAUUUACCAUUAUUAUACGUAUGAGAAAAUAG